UUGGAGAGAGCAUAGAUCUCGGUAUUUAUUAGUUUUAAAAGGUAAUUGCCACCAUGACCUACAUGACAAAAAAAUAAAUAAAAGGCUUUCCAGUUGUUGUCACGUGAUUUGGUGGGGUCAUUAUAACGGAGGAACAUGUAAAUGAUCUUUUAAAGAACAACACACGGAUGAUACUGCUAUACCUGUGAGCACGGACGAAAUUCACACGCGUCGUGAUUUUAUUUGUAUUGAUCGAUGUGACUUCUAGUUACCUGCCGAGUUAGGAUGAAAUGAUUCCCAAUGCCUCAUCAUCUAUUUAUUUCUUAUCGACUGGUGCAUAAAGUCGACACCUCAUAUGGAUGCUGCGAGGGAAAGUUGAAGAAGUUACAGUGAAUGAAUUUAGAGAAAGGGGUUAUCUAGAACUGCCAUGAAACAGCGUAAAAUUCAGACAUUGGGUCGAUCCACGAACCAGAAAGAAAACUCGGAUAGAAUCAAUCGAAAGCCUGGAAGAAAGGAUGAAAGUUCCAUUAAGAACGGGCAAAACCAACACGCUGAUAUAUUCCCAAGAUAUUCUGAAUGGAUUGUGUUUUUGGUAACCAUUCUUCUGAGAUUUCAUUAUGUUUCUCAAAAACAAAACUGGUGGAUUCUACAUCCUGACGAAAUAUUUCAAUCGAUGGAGGUUGCCUUCUCGGAAUUGCACGGUUAUGGUUUUCGACCUUAUGAAUUCCUUCCUCCAGCUUCCGGACCGAAUGUGACGUCAGCGAGAGCACAAGAGAGGAUGCUGGGAAUGUAUGCUCUGAGGUCUUUCAUAUAUCCUAGAAUUUUGGCAGGCGUCGGUUAUGUUAGCCAGCUACUGGGUUUUCACGGAAGUCUUUACAUGGUUUGGAGAAUGUUCCAUGCUGGUAUAACGUCAUGUCUCCCGCUCUCCAUCUACAUCUUCUGUAGGAAUGCCACUGGAAAUCGCGAUAUCUCUAUGAUCUCAUGCAUUCUCGUGGCUUCGUCAACACAUCUCUGGGUGUUCGGAACACAUACAUUUCUGAAUUCUUUCCUCUCACCAUUUGUAUUUAUCAUACUUGGAUAUCUGACAUCCUUUCUUACUGCAUUAUCAAAGGAGAAAAAUACCGAAAAUUGCGAAGAGACUUACAAGAAAGACAUGGAACAUAACAACAACAUACAAAUACAGCAAAAUGGCAAUGGAGCAGUACAUAAUUCUCCAUUCAGCGUGCACCAACUAAAAUCCAAUUCUGUGAAAAAAGUCAGCAGAACGGAUUUCAGCCCAUGUAAUGUAUUUCUGAUGGGGUAUUUUACCGGCUUAUUCAUUUACAUGCGUCCAGAUCUGUGUGUUCUUCUUAUAACUGUCUUAUCACCGCACAUACCUUCAGUUUUGGUGCGUUUCAAACAUAUCAUUUCACAUUUUGAGUUGUAUGUUUGUAUUGUAAGCAGUGUUAUGGGAAUUCUGACGGGUGCUCUAGACGAUUUUUUGUCCUAUGGUAGAUUUGUUGUGACACCUCUGCAAUGGUUGUCGUUUAACGUCCUAAAUGGGUAUGCAAAACGGAUGUUUGGGACAAUGCCUAAUUCAUUCUAUAUUCACAUGUUCUUCGGAAAUAUAACAUUAAUCUUUUUAUCGCUUUGUAUCAUUUGCGUUUUUGUCUAUACCAUCAACAAGUCAUCAGUAGUGCUGGUUUUCUUAAAAAAAUCGCUGUUCUCCUUUACAAGCCUUUUCAUCAUAUAUUCAUACCAAGGACAUAAAGAGGCGAGAUUUCUACACGAUGCAAUAGUCGUAUUCUACAUCUGCUCUGGUGUUUCGUUGUAUGUUUGUGUUCAAGAAAUUUCAUACCGUUUAAGAUCGUUUUGCGAUUCCCGUUAUAUGGAGCAUGUAACCCAUUGGUUUUUAUUGCUAUGGUUUAUAUCUAGUCAAUACCAAAUGAUGCCAAAUUCUCGUGACAAUUCAAUAAAACUUUGGGCUUAUGAGGAAAAAACAGAUAGUCAUGAUGUCAAUGUGUGCUUGGAUUUCAUAAGUCAACAAACUGAGGUUACAGGUGUAUUUAUUGACAGAGAUAUGCAUAUGACGGGUGGAUACUCGAUUCUGAAAAAAAAUAUUCCAUGGUUUUCUCUGAUCAAUACCGAAUUUAGAGAGUUUUCAAAGAAAAGUCGAUUGGAAUUGCAAUCGUUCUAUGGUACACGAAAGGUUUCAACAACAUCGCAAAUUUCCAACUAUAUUCAUAUUCAAAACACACCCUUUCUUUUGAAAUGCCUUAUACGACAAAAAGAAUACAAUUACCUGGUUAUGAAGAUCACUCGUCAAUUUAUAAAUCAGGGUUAUGUGGAAGUUUUUAGAUAUGGAACUAUGCGCGUGUUAAAGCGUACGAAUGAUUUACAAGAAGAGAAAAUGUUGGCAACGUUAGAGAGAACCAUUUCAGACAGCAAAAAUUCCACAGUAUUAAAAUACGAAGGUCAGUGGUUGGCGAUGUAUGGGAACUAUGAUCUUGCCAAGGAAAAAUUCAGUAGGGCAGCUGAAAUACAAUCGGAUUUACAAGUACAUCAAUUUCUGAUUGAACUUCACAGAAAGAUAAGUGAACCAGAAAACACAAAAGCCGUAUUUAAAAACUGCUUGCAGAAGUUUAGUAGUGACGACUGCCUGAAACCGGCGGAGAAAAUCGCACUGUUUGAGCACGAGAGAAUAACUUUGAGAUGAAAUGUUGUCUGCUGCAAGGCCUGUGUAUAAUUACACAGGUACAUGAAAGAAUAUACCUUUGAUUUAGUAUGGGUGUUUGUUUCUAAACAGAACUUGAAUGUAUAUGGAAAAUAUGCUGUUUCAAAGUAUUCAAAACACUAGCGCUUUCUGAAUUUUAAUAUCCAUCCUCAAUUUAAGCGGAAGUGCAUUAAAUAUACAUUGGAACUGCAUAUUUUCACACACAGACACACACACACACAGUUGAUAUUGGAUAUUAUUUUGUUAUUUGAUUGUUUUUAUCUCAUUGUCAACCAAAGAUUGUAUUUGAGAUUGUAACUUUUUAUGGAUUGCGUUGCAACAACAAAAAACAAUAAAGGGGUGUGAAAAAAGGAUAAAACAGAUAAAACAAAAACAACUUUG